AUGGAAGAAAAGGACAAGCUAAUUCAGGAAUUAAAAGAUCUGCUUUUAAGAAGUUCUUGUCCCAUCGAAGGAAAACCAGGCAUUGAUGAAUGGAUUCCAAUACAAAGACGAUUCGAUGGAAGUUUAUUAUUCAAUCGAACCUGGAGUGAAUACAAAAAUGGUUUUGGCAACUGUCGCGGGGAGUUCUUCAUCGGUUUGGAGAAGUUGCAUAAUUUGACCAGAUCACGACAGUAUCAACUUAUGAUCAACCUGAAAGAUGUCAAUGGAUCUUCCAGUUGGGCUCUAUACGAUGACUUUAAAGUUGGCAACGAAAGUGAGGCAUACUAUCUGAAGUCUUUGGGUGAAUAUAGUGGAACAGCCGGAGAUUCCCUCACGAGAAGCAUUCCCAUGAAAUUCUCCACUUUGGAUAGAGAUAAUGACACAGAUCCUGACGAAAAUUGCGCUAAGCGAUUGGGUGGCUGGUGGUUUUAUCACUGUGCUAAGAGUUCGCUCAAUGGAGUAUAUUAUAAAAACGGAACCACACCCAAUAUAGAUGGCAUCUUUUGGUCAUCUUGGAAAAGCAAUUAUUACACCAUCUCCAUGACCUUCACUGAAAUGAAAAUUAGAGCUAAACAUUAA